UCGCAAUCAAAAUGGCUAAUCUUCAGAACCUCGGAGAAGAGCUUAAAGUCAUGAAAGAGAAGCUGAAUGAGAUGGAAAACCAGAUUCUUGACCUGAAGAAAAAAGACACAACCAAAGUGGUGUUCAGCGCCAUAGCCACUGGAAAUGGACACACUGGACCCUUCAACACAGACAAAACCAUAAUCUACAACACUGUUCUCACGAAUGUGGGCAAUGCCUACAAUCACUUUACAGGGAUCUUCACAGCACCGGUUGCAGGUGUUUAUUACUUCAGCUUUUUCUAUCACGCCGGAGGAAAAUAUCAAGCACGACUGUAUCUCUAUAACAACGACAAGUUAGUCGCCAUGACCAGUGACCACAGCUCAACAGAAGACGGAGCUGAUAAUGGAGGGAACGCCGUGUUCCUGCAUCUGCUGCCAGAGAACCAUGUGUACGUCAAAUUGGCAGCAAAUUCACAUGUUUGGGUGGGGGAGACCCACACCACUUUCAGUGGCCACUUAGUCUAUCAAAUGUAAACAAGGAAAUGUCCGAUUUGGCCACGAUGCAUGGAAUAAUUUCAUUCAUGUUGAUUUAUUAACAUUAAUAAAAUGUAGCAAACGCUACAUUUCAUUAUGUGUCGCAUUUGCUAACAUUUAUUGAAAAGUUGAGAGCAAAUCAGAAUCAACAGAUUGGCAGUAACAACCAAUAAGGAUGGAGGAAAGCUUAUCGAAAUCCAAAUAUAUCUUGGCAAAUAGUAAACAUGAGUUUUCUGAAAGGUGAUUUUAAUGGCUGACUAGACAAUUUUAGUGCAUCUCUUAAUAACUAGAAUUAUUGUUCCUUUUGAAAAUAACCUUUAGAUAUUAAACGAACUUUUAAAUUAGAGCACAUAACUGUAUUAAAAUGUUUUUUCUACUGGUUUGAUGUAAUAUUUUAAUAUUGUUGUGUUUUUGUCAGGUGUAAGCAGAAAAUGUUCAUAAUUAAUGGAAAUCAAGGCUUGAAUUGAGUAACUUAUGCAAAUAAACUUUCCAGCUAUCAAAUUUCUUGAAUAUGACUGGGUACCUUCUCAACAAAUGUAUUCGCUUUGCUGCACACACGCAACAACAUCUAUUAUUUUUGACAUGUACAACAGAAAUUUAAGAGGUGUGAGUGUUUAACAACAGAACCACAGAGAAACGCAG